AUGAUCCAGGAGGGGCGUGGCUUGGCUACGUUCAAUGUCAAAUAUAAAGCCAUUGUGCUUCGUUCGUUCAAGGGCGAGGUUGUGGAUGCGGAGGUGACACAGGUUACAAAGCUAGGAAUUUUUGCGCAAGUGGGUCCGUUACAGAUCUUCGUCUCGCGGAAUAACAUGAGUAAUAGUUUAGUGUACGACGAAACCGAACAAAUAUUCCGCUCCACAGAAGAGUUCUUCCCGGCGUUGAAGUUGGGCACUGGGGAUGAUGUGCGCAUCCGUAUCAUCACUACGCGAAGGGAUUUUAAAGACACGUUUGCGAUAGGUAUCCUACUCCGGGUCGACACAGUGUAUAUUGAGGACUUCUGA